UAAACCUUCUGCUUUCCUGGCUGGCUGAGAGUCCUGGGGAAUCGCAGGAAGACGGGGGUGCAGGGCCCCGACUCCCCCACACUCUGUGACACCGAGCCAGAGCCCCAUCCCCCCAUUGCACCACAUCUUCCCCACAGCACCCCCACUUCUAUACAUGCCUCCGCAGCACCCACCACUGCCCAUCCCCUGCUGCACCCCAUUCCCCCACAGAACCCCAUCCCCCCACAGCAUUGCACCCUGUACUGCACCCCCAUUUCCCCACAGCAGUGCCAGAGCCCCAUCCCCAGUGUAGCUCUCCCUCCCUGUACAGCACCCCAUUCCCACGCAGCACCCCCUCACUGAGCUCCUGGUGCCUCUGGGGGCCCCCUUCCUUCUCCCUGGACCCCACAGGUGCCUGUUCCCCUACUCUUACCUAGAGAGCCCCCCAUGGUGGUCCCCUCCAGGGGCCCCAGCCCACGGGGAGGGAGCCCAGCUCCCUGACCUUGUCUCCCCACCCGGCAGCCCCGCCCUCCUUGACCCCGCAGAUGGUGGUGACGCCAGAGGGGCUGGGUGCCCUGCAUGUCCGGGUGAGUGGCUACUACCCCCCCAACAUCACGGUGGAUUGGCUGCGGGACGGGGAGAUCCUGCCCUCCAUGGAGUCGCUCCCCACACGGGAACCGGACGGGUCCUUCACCCUCCGCAGCGGCUACAUCCUCGACCGCCCAGAGCCUGACACCCAGGUCACCUUCACCUGCCGCGUGCAGCACCCGGCGCUGAGCACCCCGCUGGGGCAGAGCAUCACCUGGAAAGAGACAGGCGUUAUAAGUCAAGACAGAACCCCGAAAAAAGAACCCAAACCAAGCCCCCACAAUCCUCUGGUCUGGAAGUCGUUAUGCCUGGCCACGUGGGUCCUGCUGGGCGUGGCCUUGGGGUGCUUCGUGUACUGGAGCUGUCGCAUCAGCAGUAAGUGGGCCCAGACCCCGUCCCUGAGGGUGUCCCCGAUCCGUGCCUGGGAGUGUUGGCCGAAGGGCAGCGUCACCGUGCUGCUCUGCGAGGUGGAGGGGAGGCUCCGCGACAAAGACAGCCUGACCUGGAGCAGCCUGCGCCAGGGGAAGGAGCUGGGCCCUGGGCAGCCCGGGGAGCUGAGCACACUGACGCCGGAGCAGCACCACGUGGUGACGUGGCGGCGCCGCCUCCGGCUGGGCAGGCAGCAGCUCAUGUCGGUCCUCACCGUGCAGACCCCGUGUGACGAAGAAACUUUCAGCUGCACGUUCCGGCCGGGCGCAAGGGACAUGCAGCAGAGACAGAUCACAAUCCCCGGCGUGGCGGCCGGUGGCCCCCCACUCGAUGGAGACACGUCCGUUUUUUGACUCUCCUGCACUCACCACGGCCAGUGCUGGGGAGACAGAGCCAGCUGCAAACCGCUCGGAGAGGAGAGAACAAACUGACCCCUUGUGAUGCUGUGUGAUCGGCGUGUGACCGUGCACAGCACUGGUGUUGCCACUGUGCUACAACUGCAAGAGAACUUGUACCAAGCACGUCAUGUCCGGCGUCACUGGGAAAGUUGUGAAUUGCUAAGUGUGGAUAUCCUGCUUAUAUGUGUAGCCCCCCGCCCCCGUUCACCGGCCCAGAAUGAGGUGGUUCGAGAUCGGGGAAGCCUGUUUGUGACCCUUUACACAACUUAGGGGACUGGGCCUGAGCCUCCUGUGUGUGCUCUGCGUUGUGUGUCAGUGUGUUCACCUCAGACCAGACCCACUCAGACAAACCACCGGAGAGCGCGGCCACACCGUCCCGUAAAGGCGCUUUAAGCUGCUAAGUGUGACUCAGGCUACGGCUACACGAGAGACUUCAAAGCGCUGCCCUCUGAGCGCUCCCGCGGCAGCACGUUGAUGUGCGAGUGCACGAGUGUGGUUGUGCGUGAGACAGCUCUCCCAGCGCUCCUGGUAACUCACCGCCAUGAGGGGAGUCGCUCCGAGCGCCGGGAGCCUGUCCACACGAGCGCUUUACAGCGCUCAGACUUGCUGUGCUCAGGGGGGUGAUUUUUCAUACCCCUGAGCAGUGGCAGCUCCAGGCACCAGUGCCCCAAGCACGGCUG